UCAAACAAACCCAUACACCUCCACCCUCCAACCUCCGCGGACCGUCCCACACAAACCCCAAGAUGUCCACCACGACAGAUCCCGAAGCCAGCAUGCAAGCGCGCCGCGAAGCAGACUACGAGCGCUUCAAGACCUACGCGGCGAUGACCUUCCUCGUGGCAUCACCGGUGCUGAUCGCGCUCCCGCCACGAAAACUAGACCACCUGACCGUCCUCCUGACGUCGGCGUUCUGCGUGUCGGCGAAUCAUCUCACGCGCGAGCGAACGGGGCGCAGCAUCGUCGAGCGCAUCGAAUCGCGCAUCUCGUCUACAAGAUCGGCGUUGCCGGCUAGCGGGGAGUUACCGAGUGAGCGGGCGCGGGAAAUACAGGCGCGAUUGCGGGCGGCGAGGGAUGCGCAGAUUAAGGAGGGGGGCUUGGUGAGCGAGGAGUUGGAGAGGUUGAAGGCGAGGCAGAGGCAGGAGAAGGGGGUGUUGGAGCAGGUGUGGAUGGGUGGGGAGGAGGAAGGGUGGAAGGAGAGGAGAUUGAGGGAGGAGCAGCAGGCGCUGGAGGAGGGGAAGGGGUAUGGGGAUCUGAUCAAGGAGCAUAUUUGGGAUGUGUGGACUUGGGGGGAGAAGGAGGGUGAGGAGAAGGGGAAGGAUGAGAGUGGGAAGGAGGCUUGAAGUCGGAGGCUGUGCUAUGCAUAUUGUGUUAUUAUUCUGGGUUUGUAUAUUAUGGGUUAUCAUGUGCAUGUAGAUAUGUGGCGUUUGGGAUCUCUUCUCUUGUCUGUAUUAAGAUGCAUGAUUUCUACAGUUUUCCAAGUUAUACUGUCUAUUUCUUCAGGCAAGGUGGUUCAUACCAUACUAUGAG